UCCAUAGUUUACUAGACAAAUCGGCCGGUACUAGCUUUAGUGGAUCGAGGAGACUUCGUCAUAAACUUCACUGCUGCGGAGUGAAUUCCCACAGCGUGAAGUCACAGCGUUUGGACUAGCUUGCUCUAGUCAUCGUCAGUAUAGACAGAAAUACUUCAUGGCAUAGGGGCUUCUAAAGAUGGUUUCACGGAAGGGGGGUCUCGCAGCGGGGGAGCUGUUGAUUCAAGAGAGGACCAUCUAUGAAGAAAAUAGUGACGAUGAAGGUUCUAUCCGAAAUAUUGAAGAAGAUGGACUGAACUUUUGGCAGACGUGUAUCGCUCUCGCUGCCAUAUUUUCGGGUUUUGGAACAACUGCUGUGAUACAAGUUGUUGCAUAUACGGGUUGGGUUGGUAUCUUAAUUCUAAGUGCUUUGUUGAUAAGCAUGAUGUACACUGCUACACUUCUUGGAAGUUGCUGGAAUAUGAUCGAGAAGAGGUGGUGUUUAGACAGACAUCCGUACGGGGCAAUCGCGUUUGAAGCCGGCGGGCCUUGUGCAAGAUCGGCAAUCAGUAGUCUGGUGGGUAUUUGUAGCUUCACAGGAGGCCCUUUGAUGCUGCUAGUGAUUGGUGAUUUACUGUACAUCUUAGUUGGUCAAUCAGCCCAUGGGACAUACUGCUACUGGCCGCCGGUUUUUGGCCUGAUUAUUUGUCCAAUUAUGUGGCUCGGUACACCCAAAGACUCAUGGCCAGUCAGUGCAGUGAGUUACACCACAUCCGUACUUUGUUUCAUCAUCCUCAUAGUGUCUGCUGUAAUUAGCUACGAUGCAUCUGUGCAUCCCCCUCCUCCUUCCUUUGAUGCAUGGUCCCUAUCAUCACUAUGUGGUAUCGCUAUUUAUAUACCUUUCGUGCACUUCACUGUACCAGUCAUUCAACGUGAUAUGCGCAAGCCCAAGGAUUUCAACACGUGUGUCGUCACAACCUUUACAAUCACUGGUGGUAUAAUAGCAUGUGCAGUUAUUACCGGCUACUUCUCGUUUGCUAGUCUUGUAAUAAGCAGUUCAAAUAAGACUGGAGUGAGCAUUUUGUACCUUCUGCCCGAUCGAGUUGCAGUGAUUUCUUCUGCCGUGGUAUUGGUCAUUCAUAGCGCGCUGGUUAUUGUUCCACAGAACAGUCCGAUGUUUCAACACACUGAAGAAGUUCUUAAUAUACCAGAAGAGUUUGGAUGCAAACGAAUCGCAGUUCGCACAGUGCUUGUUUCAUUACAGGUACUUUGUGCAGAAACUGUACCACAGUUUUCCGUCCUAGUCACAUUACUGUCGGCUUUUGCAGCACCUUUCUUGAUAUUCAUUGCACCACCACUCAGCUAUUUAAAACUGAGAAACAUGUACAUGCCGGAAAGUUCUUCAGAAAAUCCGUUUUGGCACAGGUUUGAUACAGUAGCAUGUAUACUCAUCAUAGCCUUGUGUCCAGUCGUAAUGGGUAUCACUGGCUAUAUUGCUAUUAUGUCCAUAGCUAAAGGAGAUACCCUCUUCAAUUCACCGUGUUAUAUCAACGCAACAGCCGCUCACAUUUGAUAUACCAUGCAAUUUUAUUUUGUAUUUUGUAUUUCUUUGUUUGCAAUGACGCCAAAACAAGGCUUAAAAAAGCCACUCUUGGUAUCGGGUUCACAGGAAGAAAACUCAAUAAAUACAAAAAAUAACUCAUGGGAGCUGAAUGUAAGAAUUGAUAUUCCUCUUAAAACAGUCCAGAUUGUAGGAUGGAGGGAAACAUGCACCAGGAAAGGAGUACCAAAGAGAUGUAUACAUGGAUAGAGCUGUUGGAAUGGCUCUUUGUAAACCAACUUUGAUGGUGGUCCAAAGUUUAUCAAACUUGCCACACCGUAUUGAGCUGACCACGUUGUAUACAACUCCAAAAUAACCCCUCAUGGGGCUCGUAAUAAUCAAUUGAAAUAACUAAUAAUGCACUUGAAAAGGAAGACACAUUUAGGACUGUACUUAUGUAGCCAUAAAAUCCUUAAGCAGGACAGCAAGAAGUAUAGGCCUAAAUUUAAUUUCGUAUUUAACUAAUAUUUUUUUGCAUUAAUUCAAAUGGAUUUCAAAAUGAGAAUUGACUCGCUUAGAGACAGACGUGUCAUAACAAUUUAUUUAGUAACAAAAACUAUAUGUUUUAAUAAUAGCAUUAAUGUCAUUUGGCAAAG